UUUAAAUUUGAAAUUUGUAGCUGCUGCAGUGAGGCGUCUCAUAACAGAGGACACAGAAGUGUGCACGAGCGCGGAGCUGCCACGAGAAGAGAAGAUAUUCCGGGAUAUAAUCUGAGUAUGAGCUCAGAGGCGGUGAACGAUGAGAAUCGGGGCGUUCAGCUCGUCCACAAGCACGUCCCGUCCGACUCAGCCGCUGACAUUUUUGCUCUGGAUCAGCCCACCGGCAGGCCGUCCAUCCUGAGACCGUCUCAGGCCGAGAACCUUAACAAAAACAUCCCUAAAGGAGUGAAGGUGUGUUUCCAGACUCCGCUCAGAGACCCGGUCACGAAGAAGAUCAUGUCCCCGAGUCGCGUGGGCACGAUGGCCGCGCUGGACGACUGCACUAACUCGCUGGAGUCUCUCAUGCUCACGUCGCCUCCUCCACCCAGCGUUCCCACUAAACCAGGCUCUUCCUUUCCUGACGAUGACAUGCCCAUUCGGAGCAAAGGAGGCUACACCAUCGACUUCGACAACCUGGACUGUGUGAAUCCUUUCCAGAGCUCCGGUAUAAUGAUCCCGUCUUCAACCCAACCUGCUGCUCUGCUGUCCGACACCCUGAUGGCGGCGGAGCCGGCUCUCCCCGCAUCGUCGCCGGCUCCCGAAGAGGUGGAAACCGUUAAGGAAAGGGCCGACAUGGCUUUGGAUGAGACUCUCCCUUUUAUCCCAUCUGUGGAGAAUUCCCUGGCGGAUUUAUCUGCGGGCGGUGCGUCCACAGACACCACUGUGAUCAUCGAGCCGAAGAUAACGACGCUCGCCGACAGUACGGUGAACGUAGAGAUCCCUGAACCGGAGCCUGCGCCUGUAGUUAAUGAAGACGUAAAGGAGUCACUUUCACUCCCUAAAGGAUCCUACCAGGUUGAUUUCGAUGACCUCGACUCGGUGAACCCUUUCCAAACCGGUAGUUCGAAACUCCAGAACACUCCUCCCGUCUCCAGGAAAUCACCCGUCUGCAAUUCGGCACUGUCUCGAGCCGAGGAGAUGAGCUCGGGAGCGACGGCGCCGCCCAGCGAGCCAGAAGAUGUACUCCUCACCACGGAGAGGCCCGGCCUUACCAAGGUGAACCCUGACCCCGCCGCCCCCUCAGUAGCGCCCCCUAAAGAGGCUCCCAUGCUUUUGGAGUUCCACUUUGACGAUGAGGCCAAAGUCGAACGCAAACCUCCUCCCAAACGCCUCGGCUUAAAGAAGCCGCCUCUUUCCAAAACGAAAACCGCCGCUCCAAAACCAGCGUCUGCUCCCGCCGAGAAGAAAAGUCCAGAAAUCGAACCCAACGCGGCGACGGAAAUUCCUCCAACGAGAGGCGCUUACUCUGUUGACUUUGACCAGUUCGAUGAUCCGAACUUUAAUCCAUUCGGUGCGAAGGCGAAGAUGGGAAGUUCUCCUCCGCGUGACGCUCCAGUGGCGAGUCAAGUCCCUGAACAGCCGGAGAACCACACACACAGUUCUCCUUCCUCUGAAGCUGAAAAAUCAGCAGAAGCUGAACCAUCUUUCACUGAGGCAGCGGAAGAACCCGAGGCCUUACCGGUCGCUGAAACCCACCAGCCCCGCGUUCCGGUUCUUCCACAGAAGACCGAGGAGCCGGCUUUUCCAUGCGCGCUGAGCCAGAGCGCAGAGUUUGACAUCAUUGCAGCGGAUGAUGAGUUUGUUCCUGGCUCCAUGUUCAUGCCGAGUGACCUGGAUGGACAGAUCGAUUAUCUGGAGCAGUUUGGAUCCAGCACUUUUAAGGAAUCCGCUCUGCGUAAGCAGUCCCUCUAUCUGAAGUUUGACCCUCUGCUGAAGGAGAGCCCAAAGAAAGCUGCAGCAGACAGCUCCAGCUCCGGGUUCAGUCUGCCUCGUCCCUCUCUGGCCAUCCGGAUGAUGGAGGCUGCGAGGUCAGAGGUCAGGAGGAAAUCUCAGCAGGAAAGCUCAAAACUGCUGGAGGACUUUACCUCACCGGCGGAGCCUGCGGUGGUUCAGGACCCCACCGUGCUGGACCUGCUGGUGCCGACGCUGAAGCAGACCCAGAAGAGCGAGGACAUGAUCGUGGACAUGCUGAAGUACACUCAGAAAGACCUGGACGCUGCUCUGGAAAAGGCCCAAAAACAGGCGGCGGCUCAGAUCGAGAAGCUCACGCUGGACAAUCAGCACAUGGUGCUGAUCGUGUCGGAGUUCGAGGCACUCAUCGCUCAGCUCACAGCCGAGCACAAGCAGAAGGACGAGCUGGCGCAGGCUGAGCUGAGCAGAGUGCUUCAGGAGAAACAGCAGCUGGCCAAAGAGCUGAGCGACAUGGAGCGCUCCUUCUCCGAUGUGGUCAAGCGUCUGGACCGACGCAAGGAAGUCAUCGAUGGCUUCAAGAAGAACGAGGAGACGCUGAAACAGUGCGCUCAGAGCUACUUGGCCAGACUGCAGAAGGAUGAGCAGCGUUAUCAGACGCUGAAAACUCACGCCGAGGAGAAAAUCGACCAGGCGAAUAAGCAGAUAGCGGAGGUGCGUGCUAAGUUGGGAUCGGAGGUUUCUGCUCUUCAGGUGCAGUUGAGGAGAGAGCAGCUCAAAGUGCAGUCCCUGGAGAAGAACCUGGAGCAGAAGACAAAGGAGGUGGAAGACGUCACAAAGCUCUGCGAUGAGCUGAUCGUGAAAGUGCAGCAGCAAUAAGAUUGUUCAUGUCUGUGUUUUUGUUUGUGUUUGAUUUGUUCUGUCGUUGUUGCUUUAAUUGUUCAAUUAUUGUUCUUAUUCUUGUACUUAUUGAAAUAAAAGACUUUUACUGUGUCA